AAAAGUAACAGCGUUAAGACAACAACAUCCGGUUCCUCUACCAGAUUUGUACGUGGCUCUCAACAGUCGGCUAAAUAUUCAUUGAUUUAGCCGUCAUGAAGAAACAAAAUGAACUUAUGGACAAAGCAGAAGAUGUGGCUGAUCAGGUUCUACGCCACUCAAAGCACAUUCUACCACACGUGGCCAGAUUCUGCCUGAUCAGCACAUUCCUCGAGGACGGCAUCCGAAUGUGGAACCAGUGGGGCGAACAGCGCGACUACAUGAACAUCUCCUGGGGCUGUGGUUACUUCCUGGGCACGGUGUUUGUGGUCGUCAACAUGUGCGGUCAGCUUGGCGGGUGUGUAAUGAUCCUGAGUCGACAGAAGGUGCCCAUCGGAUGUGGCAUCCUAUUCUUCAUAAUAGCAUUACAGACAGUAGCAUACAGUAUUCUAUGGGAUUUGAAGUUUUUACUCAGAAACCUGGCCCUGGCUGGCGGUGUACUACUCCUGCUUGCGGAAAACAAGGCGGAGGGUCGCAGUCUGUUUGCAGGCUUACCUUCCCUGGGUGAAAACAACCCCAAACAAUACAUGCAGCUCAGUGGUCGAAUCCUCCUAGUUCUAAUGUUCCUCACACUGCUCAGGUUCGAGAUGGACUUCCUACUGAUGGUACAGAACCUCGUUGGCACAGCCAUGAUCAUCCUCAUCGCCAUCGGAUACAAGACCAAGUUGUCCGCCCUAGUUCUCGUCGUCUGGCUGACGUGUUUGAAUUUUUAUUUCAACGCCUUCUGGAGUAUUCCGGCGUACAAGCCCAUGAGAGACUUCUUGAAGUAUGACUUUUUCCAGACACUGUCGGUCAUCGGUGGUCUGUUACUCGUAGUAGCUUUUGGUCCCGGUGGUGUUAGUAUGGAUGAACAUAAGAAGAAAUGGUAGAAUAACGAUUUAGAAUUUAGACUUAGAGUCGGAUAUUUUCAAUUUUGAAAUGUAGGAUGUUUAAAGCCAAAUAAUUUUAGGUUCUCUACCUUGCAUAUAUAUAUGUAUUAUAUAUAUGUAUUAUGUUAGUUAUUGCUUUCAUAAUUUGUGUCAUUAUCCAUUAGGAUUUUUGAAUUGUUGUAAAGACCAACAAU